AUGAACAGAGACGACAAAGGUUUCAGGUUAUGGUACCUCAGGGCGUACGCCUUUAGCGAAGUGGGACACAGCCUCCAGGCCAGGGGCAUAAGCGAGGAUAGACUUUAUGCCUCACCUGCUGCCCUCACUCCCCCCCUGGACUUGGUGGGCAUAGGGGGAGAGGGACGAGGGGAGUUGCGUAGACAAGUGUAUCUCGUACUGUCCAUCAGCGCAACUUUUUGUCUGGGAAUACGAAUCUGGAGAAGGCUAGGGUCGGUAUUGAUGCGAGUGUCGGAGAAACAGCGCGACGACGACGAUCCAGUCGAUGGUUGCAUACCUCUCGAAAUGCUAGCGAGAUCUACUUUACCACAAGGUGAGCAAUUAUCCCAGCGAGCGACUUUUGGGCUGGCACAGUCACUGGGGAUGGACGAGUGCGGCUGGCUAUGCGUCGUCGUGCCGCUCGUGUCUAGUUUUGGUGGCUGGUGGUCUGAGCGGGCUGAAGAGAAUUGGGAUGACGAUUUCGAAUUCGCCAAUUCCCCACGCAACUCGCCGGUCCCCGCCGCCGCCCCCAUCCAUACUUUUGUCCACAAUACACGGUCCAAUACUCGACUCAGAUCCAACAGCAAUACCCAGGGGAAUACCAAUGGUAAUAUUGGAGUUAGGGCUGCGACGAGCAAUGCACACUUGAGGGCCGGUUCGUCCAACACUCGGAUCAUCACACGACAGCCUAGUGGGAGUGGUGGUGCAGGCCCGCAGCCACGCCCUUCACAGGCUAGACUUGGCCAGCCGACUCCGUCGCAAGGGAAUAGUUUGACGGUGCAGGGGCAUACUAGGGGGAGGUAUAGUGGGGCGAGUACGGGGAGUGAAGAUUGGGAUGUGGACGAUGCCGACGUGACCGUUCGCAAAGAGCAGCCUCUCCGCCCAUCUAUA